UGCCCACUGUUCGCGGUAACGUCAUUAGCUACGAUCGUCGUAAUAAAUGCAGGAUUUCAUAACGAUGCAUACUAUAUAAUUCCUGAAGACUAUUAUCAGAAAAAACUGGGAGACUUUCCAGAAUGGUGGCGUACCACAAAGAGACCACCGCCACAAAGAAAAACACGAGGCACAACACCAACAAACAUGAAGGCGGAUGAGGGUUUCUGCAAGUCUACGUGCGAGAAAAAGGAAGUAAGACCGUGCAGUGAGAAACUACUAACCUGCCCCAUGAACGAAUGUAAUAUGGAACGAAAAAAGCAUUGCGAUUACGAAUGCAAUGGAAAUAUGUGCCGGUCAGAGUGCCAGUCUGAAAAAGAAAAAUGUCACCUUAAAUGCACCGGUAUAAAGUGCGAAGUUGAGUGUACUGCAGAUAGAUGUAAAGCCGAGUGCAUAGGGAGCAGCUGUAUCGCCAAAUGCCACGGAGAGAAGUGCAUUGCUGUAAGGCGACAUGGAUACUUCAAGAGUGAAGUUAGUCAACCACACUAUUAG